GCAAUGUCUUACAACAACCGCAUGAGCAUGGCUGGCUCUCAACAGCAACACAAUCGCGGGCGCAAAAAGGAAGACGAUAAUGAUGCAUUGAUGCGCUUGCCUGAUAAAGAGAUUGCAGGAUGCAUCAACGAUAUUGGAAUUCCAUUCACCACCGCCGACCUCGCCAAACCGAACCCCCAGCAGAUCCAGAUGGUCUUCGAAUGGUUUGCAGAGCUGCUCAUGAAUGUCACCCGUGAAACUGUCGAACCCGGCAUGCAUGCAGCUGCAGAUGAAAUCUGUGGAGACUACCCUGAUAUUGUCCCCAAUGAGACUCGCAACCUCAUGGGAUUCUUCAUUAGUAUUCGGAGGCUGUUAUCGGAGUGUGGUGUUAAUGACUUCACUUUUACCGACCUGACCAAACCAACCCACGACCGCCUAGUGAAGGUCUUCUCCUACCUUAUUAACUUUGUACGGUUCCGCGAAUCGCAAACUCCCAGGAUUGACGAACACUUCAACAAAACCGAGAAGACAAAAGCACGUAUCGACGAAUUAUUUGCCGAAAACCAUGAAAUGGAACAACGCCUGGCCGAGAUGCGACAGGAACAACAAAUCAACGAGGUUCAGGUACGCGAAAAAGUGGCGCGAAACGAUGAGCUCAAGGCUCGGUUAUUGGAACUCGGUCGGGAGCAGUCACGGGUCGCGGAGAACCUCGAUCGUGUCAAGAAUGAACGGGCACGGAGGCAACAACAGCUCGAGGAAAAGACGGAAAGGACAGUUCGAAGCCGACAGGAAGCUGAAAAGCUGCGCCCUUAUGUUUUGGAGUCCCCGGUCACAUUACAAUCGUCUUUGACUGAAUUAGCGGAGAAUCUCAUGCGGGAGAAAUCCCAAAUUGAUGCAAUGGAGAAGCGAGCACGCGCGCUCCAAACCUCGUCGGAUUCCUUCACAGUGGUUUCAAAUGAUGUACAAGCAUGCGUCAAGCUACUGGACGAUAUCUCUACUGAGAUUCAAAAAGAAGAUGAAGAAGAAUCUCGUGCUGCUCGGAACAAGGAAGCCAUCUCUGAUCGGGGUGCUAGCGUACGAGAGGUUGAGCAAACAGAAAAGCUCUUGCAGCGUCAAUUGGCUCGCUGGAAUGAACGCAUUGAACAUCUCCGCAAGAACGCCCAAGAAAAGGCAGAGCUUGCACAAGCUAGGAUGGAAGAGCUCCGAAACGUACAAAAGCAACUCCGAGAAGAACGCGCAGAGAAACAAAGUGACAUGGAGCGGAGGCGGAUCCGAAUUGAGCAAACAGAGAAGAAGAUGGUAGAUCUCAAGGAGAACAUCGAGAGCGAGAUCCAAGCAGCCCACGAUCAGUAUCUCAAGCUUGAGUCACAUAUUAAGCUCUAUAUCACCGAGGUGGAAAAGUCCCUGUGA